AUGACCCAAAUUAAUUUUACCACUCAAAGUCUCUUGUCUGCAAAGCACACAAACUCCAGCAACCAGUUCACAGGGCUGCAACUGCUCCAGUCUUUCAAAGCACUCAUCAUCCCCUGCUAUUCUCUGGUGGUUUUUGUUGGCAUCUUUGGAAAUUACCUCCUUAUCUAUGUCAUCUGCAAAACCAAGAAGAUGCACAAUGUCACCAACUUUCUGGUGGGCAACCUGGCGUUUUCUGACAUGCUCAUGUGUGCCACCUGUGUGCCACUGACCUUGGCAUAUGCGUUUGAGCCUCGGGGUUGGGUUUUUGGGAGUUUCAUGUGCUAUUUUGUCUUCCUCAUGCAACCUGUGACCGUAUUUGUCUCUGUCUUUACCUUGACAGUGAUAGCAGUGGACCGGUACCAUGCUAUGGUGCAUCCGCUCAGAAGAAGGAUGACCAUCCCUACCUGUGCCUACAUCCUAGCUGGGAUAUGGUUGUUAAGCUGUCUGAUGGCUGCUCCUGCUUUGGUGCACACUUACCAUGUUGAGUUUCCUGAGCUGGACUUCUCUAUUUGUGAGGAGUUUUGGGUUGGUAUGGAGAAGAAGCGCCUUGCUUAUGCCUAUAGCACCCUUUUCCUAACCUAUGCCCUGCCUUUAAUAGUCAUAUCUGUGUCCUACCUAAGGAUCUCAGUCAGACUUAAGAACCGAGUGGUGCCUGGCAACAUCACCAAUAUACAGGCUGAGUGGGACAGAGCCAGGAGAAGAAAAACUUUCCGCUUGCUGGUACUGGUGGUGGUUGCAUUUGGGGUGUGCUGGCUUCCUCUGCAUAUUUUCAAUAUCAUGAAGGACAUUGAUAUUAAUUUGAUUGACAAACAAUAUUUUAAUUUAAUUCAGCUACUGUGCCACUGGUUUGCUAUGAUGUCUGCCUGCACCAACUCCUUUCUAUAUGCCUGGUUACACGACAGCUUCAGGGGACAGCUUAGAAAGAUGUUUCUAUGGAGAAGGCAAAAGAUACGACCUACAGCUCCAUGUGUGCUCACUAGUGUGGUAUUGUGAGUUAUGAAAUAUAAAAUCAGUACUGCUACAGCAAACAUAUUACUGGA